AUUAGACAGUGUCAGAGAGAAGUUGUGCGGCUGCUGCUGUGUGUGUGUGGUGUAGCUAUGGCGACUCCCCCUAAGAGAAUGUGUCACAGUCCUGUCUUUAACAACAGCUUUGAGAAGAGAGUCAAGAAGCUUUCCAUCGAAGGCAAUAUUGCUGCGGGAAAAUCCACCUUUGUGCGAAUACUGGAAAAGGCCAGCGACGAAUGGGAGGUCGUUCCAGAACCCAUUGCCAAAUGGUGUAAUGUCCAAACCACUGAAAAUGAAAAUGAGGAGCUGUCCACAUCUCAGAAGAGUGGAGGAAAUUUGCUACAAAUGCUGUACGAUAAACCUACCCGGUGGGCUUAUACAUUUCAAACUUAUGCUUGCUUGAGCAGAGUCAGGGCGCAGCUAAAAACACCAUCCCCUAAGUUGCUGGAAGCAGAACAUCCUGUGCAGUUUUUUGAAAGAUCUGUGUACAGUGAUCGGUAUAUUUUUGCUUCCAGCUUAUUUGAAUUUCAAAACAUUAAUGAGACAGAGUGGGCCAUUUAUCAAGACUGGCAUACAUGGUUCCUAAAUCAGUUUGAAUCCGACAUUGACUUGGAUGGAAUCAUCUACCUCAGAGCUACACCAGAGAAAUGUAUGGAUAGGUUACACACUCGCGGCAGAGAAGAGGAGCAAGGCAUUCAACUUGAAUACUUGGAAAGUUUACAUUAUAAGCAUGAAUCCUGGCUUUAUGACCGAACAAUGUCGGUAGAUUUUGAAAACCUACAACACAUGCCAGUUAUGGUUUUGGAUGUCAAUGAAGACUUUAAAUAUGACAAAAUCAAACAGGAAGCACUGCUCGACAAAGUAAAGGAAUUUUUGGCUUCCCUCUAAUCUUGAGAGAAGAAAGGAAGACUUCCUAUAUUGGUUUGCUCAUUCUUUUAGCCAUCCAAUUAAUUUGACUGGAAUUCAGUAAUAUAUAUAUUUUUUUUUUUCCGGCCAUCGAAGAGGGUAUUUAUGGCUUCCUUUAAUGUUCCACAGGUGCAUUAAAGUUUGGGGCUGUAGCUUUUGACCACUGUGUAUUAAGAUAGCUAUAAUUCUAAUAUGGCAGUUGUAAAUGAUAUCCCUUACUUGCUGGCAUUAUAUUUCAUAGACCGGACAACUGUAUCUACAGUGAGUGAACAACAAGACGGAAUGCACUUAUUUCCCCCCCCCCAUAUGCUUUAAUGAAAGCUUCUUGAUCCACUUUGCUUGGUAAUGUCACUGCCUUGUGAACUUGGCCAUGUUAAAGGGGUUCUAUGGUUAGAGAGUAACGUUCUGAGACAAUUGGUUUCCGCUUGAAAUUACAGAAAUUGUGCAUUAAUGUUGAAUAAGAGACGAAUAUCAAUCGGAGCGGGUCUAAAUAGAAAUUGGUACUAAAAAGUAGCUAUUAAAGUAAAUUUAAAAGCUGGAGAUAGAAGGGAAAUAAUU